GGCUCCUCCUCCGCCGCCGCCGCCAUGGCCCGGCCGCUGGUACCCAGCUCACAGAAGGCGCUGUUGCUCGAGCUCAAGGGGCUGCAGGAGGAACCGGUGGAGGGCUUCCGGGUGACCCUGGUGGACGAGGGCGACUUGUACAACUGGGAGGUGGCCAUUUUCGGCCCCCCCAACACCUAUUACGAGGGCGGCUACUUUAAGAUCUCCCAAGAUGGACACCUGUGGGCAGAGUGUGUCCACCCAGCACUGACUCAUCUCCCACAGGGCCCAGGCCACAGAGCCUUUCGGUUCCUGACCAAGAUGUGGCACCCCAACAUCUAUGAGACAGGGGACGUGUGCAUCUCCAUUCUCCACCCCCCAGUCGAUGACCCCCAGAGCGGUGAGCUGCCCUCGGAGCGGUGGAACCCCACCCAAAAUGUCAGGACCAUCCUCCUGAGCGUCAUCUCCCUCCUCAACGAACCCAACACCUUUUCCCCAGCUAACGUGGACGCCUCUGUGAUGUACAGGAAGUGGAAAGAGAGCAAAGGCAAGGACCGGGAGUACACAGACAUCAUCCGGAAGCAGGUGUUGGGGACCAAGGUAGACGCGGAGCGGGAUGGUGUAAAGGUGCCCACCACGCUGGCUGAGUAUUGCGUGAAGACCAAGGCCCCGGCGCCCGAUGAGGGCUCGGACCUCUUCUACGAUGACUAUUACGAGGAUGCCGAGGCCGAAGCUGACAGCUGCUUUGGGGACGAUGAGGAUGACUCUGGCAACGAGGAGUCCUGACACCAUGUCCCGCGCCGAAUAAACUUACAGAUUUUACCUCA